AUGAACGGGUAUAGUCGGCUAGGCAACGGGAAGCCCAACGGGGGCUCUCCGACGUCCCCAAUUGUCAAGGGCGGGAGAGGAGGUAAGGGUCGCUGGUUCGGGUCGAUGGUCAAGCCUGAGAAGCUGGCGGAGAGGCUCGUGUAUAUCGUAAUGUCGGCGUUCUUCCGAAGGAAGGGUAUCCUGCUGUUCGCCCCGGUGAUGUACAUCGCUGGGAUGUUGAUGUAUAUGGGAACCUUGAAUCUCGAAGCAGUGCAGGAGGGUGUCGGGGGUGCGAUCCUGAGGAGGGCGCCGGUGGGUUCCGUCUACCGCAGUCCUAAAGUCUUCGAGAAUCUCUGGCCGUCAAUGCAGUUGGACGGCGGCAACAGUUCUCUCGCGGUAAUGUUUCGUAGGGAGUAAGGCUCAAUUCUUUGCAAUUCCUCCCACUGACGUCCUGCCUCAGGAUAGUUUCAUUUUUCUUCUUUUUAAGGUUUUUUAUCUCUGUAUUUCUUUUCUUUCUUGUAUUCUUAUUUGACAUUAAUCUCGAUCAAAUCAUCUGCAUAUUGGUUUAUUGCAAGAGAUACAUGAAAAACCGUACCAGCACUGCCGAUUUCUUUUUCAAAUCUUGGAAAAACGAAGUCGGGCUUGCCAAAUGACCACCGGAUUAGAAUUCUUUAUGUCCAAUAGAGCGUUUUGUUUCUCACAUGUCCAGUAAUUUGUUCGUUAUGUUGAAUCUUAGAAUCUUGGAAACAGAUAUCAUCCAAUCAGAGUUAUGUGACACUUUUUGCACUAGUUUAUAGUGUUUUCCCAGAGAAAUCAGAAAAUAUGCUGACAGAAGAAAUCAACUUCCAGUAUAUGGAGGAGUUAGGGAUGGGGUGUGAGGGAUGGGGACAAUAUAAACGUAGUGAUGCAGCUGCAGGUGAAGUUACCCUUGAUUGAUGGAAUUUGAUUCGUUUCAACAGUUUACUAUACUGUAUCUCGUGUUAUAAUCGUUUAGAUUCCAUUUCAAUUUGGAUUCCAUGUACAGACAGUUAUGGAUUGCAUUCAAUUUUCCUUUCUAAAUUUUUAUCAGGGAAUUUCUUUUAUGUUAAAACUAUCGUUGUUCUGAAAUGAAAAUAUUAGAAAGAUAGAAGAUAAAUAAGCGUUCAAUUUUUCUCUCAAAAAACUUACGAAAGGGUGUGUGGGGAAAAAAAUAAAUCUGGGUGGUAUUUUAAGUUUAAUUUUCUCUUAUUUCUAUAUUUUUUUUAUCUGUGUUUAAUUUCAUUGAGAGUAACUCUUGUGGUUGAUAUGAUAUUGAGACUGUCUAAUAUUAUAGUACUCAAAAGUAUGUCCAUUAAAUGGUCUUGCUUCUCUGUCCGCGAAUAUGUGAGAAGCCACAUCACUUGUAUUAUCUGCUUAAUGAUUCUUGAACAGAUUUAAGGCAAACUCAUGUUCUGCAAAUAAUAGACUGAAAAGCAGUUGUGUUCUUUCCCACAUGUGCAGGCUCCAUGCAAACCUGACGUUCAGUCUUCCAUUAUAUAAAAGACUUUUAAAUGCUCUAAUAAAACACUAUCUAUUGGUUGAAACUUCUCUCGUUACUUGCAUCUUAUGGGCAACGUACCUGCAAAAUGCCUGACAUCAACGGUAAAAUAUAUGGAACUAUCGGAUGCAACUCUACAGUAGACUUAAAAUGGUUAUGAUUGUGGUUGGACUAGACAUUGAAUCAUCAGUUGAAUUGGUAAAUUACAGUCUUGUCACCACUGGUGGCAAUGUAAAAUGUAGAAGUGAACAAUGCAGUUUGAAGUGCUUUUGACGUUUGUAUUAGUUGAAAUGAAAUGAAUAAUAAUGCAACUGAAUACUUUCUAUCAACCAUCUGAAUUUUCUUAUGAAUCUUAAUUCUAUACUUUCUAUGCCUAAUGCAAAAGUUGCCAUUGUGACAGCUGUAUAAUAUAUAUAUUCGGAUCUUCUCAUCUUUUACGAUUAGUUGUUAAUAUUUUGGUCAUUCUAUUACUUGUGUAUUUAUCAUGUUUCUUGUCAUUUUUUCAUUAUCAAUAUUGAUUCUUCACGAUAGCAUGAUUCUCAUUGGUGUGUAUUUUGGUAAUUUAUGUAGAUGAUGACUGCAUGGCAUCCAAAAGAAGGUCAAAAAUGGAAGCCUUGUGUCACCCAGACAAUAUCUCAAGCAGGUUAAAUCUUACCAUUGUGUAGGGUAUGAAAAUAGUGUCUGCUUUUGUUUUAAAUGAUCAAAACGUGAAGAUUCUUCAUUUCAUCUUGUAUGCUUCAGCAACUAGUGGAUACAGACAAGUGCAUCAUUCCAUUUUGUGCUGUUUAACCUCGGCUGGAAAGUUGUACUUUUGUGUGUUCCGUUUUCAAAUUUUCCCUCUCCAUGCUAGUUAUACUUCGCCUUAAUUUUUCUCUCUCCCCUUCUCCAUCCUUUUAGUAAAUUUUUUCCUUGUACCUCAUGUCUAUUCCCUAUAUUCAUUUCGUGCAAAAGAUCUUGAUGUUUUGUUGUUUAUCAUUUUGUGAUAAUUUAUUAAAUUGAAUUUCCGAGAAAAUUUUGUCUUCUCUUUCUUAUUAUCAUAUUAUAUAUAUAUAUAUAAUACCCUACACGAAAUGGUAAAAUUUGUUUUAAAAUCUUGAUGUGCAUGCGUGCGUGUGUAUAUCUGUGUCUUUUCAUGCCUCUGUGCUGAAUUUCAAGAGCCAUUAGAGCUUUUAUUGUUGGAUUACGUCAUUCUAGUAGCUGCUGACAUAUUUCAUUUAUUUCUGAUGUCAUAAACAUGUGGCUAUUCAAAAAUAUUUUGAAGAUCUUCCGGGGCCCUCAUUUGUGAAGUUUUCUUUUCUUCAGAAUUGCCAAUCUCAAAUGGAUAUCUUAUAGUAGAAGCAAAUGGGGGAUUAAAUCAGCAACGCAUAUCAGUAAGUAUUGACAUUACCGGAGCGGGUUGCGAACUGACUUAGAGCACUUAGGUCUCAAAGUUAGUCUGUCCUGUUCUGUGUAAUUUAAUUGGGCAUGUUCUUUUGCUUCUCUUGCAACUAUAUAUGGGCUGUCUUAUUGAUAUUUUACCUCCUAUACCUACAUAUUUUGUGAUCAUCUGUACUUGUACCCAAAUUCUGUUUCCUUGACAACUGUCGUUUGCAUGUAGUUUGUUCCGAUGCUAUGCUGAAUUGAUGGUAUGAAAAAAAUUGUUUUUCGCUACCACGUUGUACAGUCUGAAAAAGCUUGUUCCAGAUGAAGUGCGGAAUCAAGUUUUAUGAGGAAAAGUUCUCUAUGAAUGAUCCUCAUUUGUCUGUUGCUGUAUUUUGGACAAAUUUCUGUGACAUUGUCUUGAGAGUCUAUUGAAUUUAACGUUGGGAGUGGGGUAAAAAAUGAUUAUUUUCUUGUGCAAAUACAACCUGAUUAACUCUAAUAGAGGGUGUCAGAGGCCCUGAGAAAGUUCACUGAGUUGUAAGACGCAAGGUCCUGCAUACUGUAAGUAAAUGAUGAGGGACAAUCCGGAACAAAUCAGAUUAUGAUAGGACUUAUGUUUUGUUUUUGUUCACAUUUAUAAUCUCUUUAUCAUUGUGGGAUGUGGCGACAACAAUUCUAAUUUUUUUAAGUACUGAGAUGUAGAAUUUUUUUUAUGCAGAUUUGUGAUGCAGUCGCCGUAGCAGGGCUGUUGAAUGCAACUCUGGUCAUUCCAAUGUUUCACUUAAACAGUGUUUGGCGUGACUCCAGGUUUGCUACUGUUGCGUUACUUUCCUUUGAAAUUCUAGUAUUGGUGCAGUGUGUUUCUGUACUCAUGAUGUGCUGGCCGGGGGGGGGGGGAGGAGGGGGAUUGACUGUUGGGCGGAUGACAUCCAGACCAUCUUGUGGAAGUUGUCUUUUCAUUUCCGUGGUGAUGAAAAUAUUUUUUUGAGAAUCCCUGUAUUUAGAUGAUUCAGUGAGUACUCAAAUUUUUAAUAUUGCUGUUAUUCUAUACGCUCUUGCAGCAAAUUUGGAGAGAUCUUUGAUGAAGACUAUUUCAUCGAUUCACUAAAGAACCAAGUUCGUGUAGUGAGGGAACUUCCUGAAGAUAUAUUUCAGCGAUUUGACAAGAAUCUAAGCAGGAUUUCGAAUUUGCGAGUCAAAGCCUGGUCAUCAAAAACCCACUAUAUGCAGAAGGUUCUUCCAAAGUUGUUGGAGUUUGGGUAUCCACUCUUGCCUUGCCUUAGACUGGCUUCAUAUUUAUGCGCCAAUUGGCUGGGAGCUUAUCAGCCUUAAUUGUUUGACAAAAUCAGAAUUUAUGAAUGAAUUUUUAUUUAUUUUCGCUUCCUUGUGUAAAUUAUUGAAAUUUAUUAACUUUAUGAAGUGCUUUUUCAUACAAAUGUAGAAUAAAAGUAACAUAAUCUAAACAUAAACCCAGAAAAAAAAUAUAUAUGAUUUGCUUUCAUUUGACCGAACUUUAGAUAUAAUUCAAUUAUGAGUUAAUAGUGUAUGUGACUCUAAUAUUUUGAGCCUUCCAAAGAAGAAAAAAUGAUGCCUUUCACAAUUUUCUAGUGAAGUUAUGGUCAUUCAAGUACUUGAGUAGACGUAAAUUUUCCAGAUUGUCUUGAUAUCCUACUGACACUUUUCUUUCUUAACUCUGCAAAUAAUGAAGGGCUGUACGUAUCGCACCUUUCUCCAGUAGAUUGGCCCACACUGUCCCUGCUAAUGUCCAGAAGCUGAGAUGUUUCGCUAAUUAUGAUGCAUUACGGUUUUCUGAGCCCAUAAGGAUGCUGGCGGAAAAUAUGAUUGAUCGGAUGGUUAGGAAUAGUUCUUUUAGUGGGGGAAAAUAUAUUUCAGUGCAUCUACGUUUUGAAAAGGUAAUUCUCCAUGCUUCGUUUAACAGAUGGACUAAUUGUCUUUAUUGUAUUAUACAUCUUCUUUAAUCAUCAGCCAUUCCUGAAUCCCAGGAUAUGGUUGCUUUUUCAUGCUGCACUUAUGAUGGAGGGAAAGAAGAGAAGCGUGAAAUGGAUGAUGCUCGUGAAUGGAGUUGGAGAGGAAAGUUCAGGAGACCUCAUCGAAUGGUGAAGCCUGGUACAGUGCGCAAAGAUGGGAAAUGCCCUUUAACUCCACUGGAGGUAUCUUAUUUUAUCAAGUUCGUUUUAAUGCAUGGCAUAAAAUGAGGAAUUACAGAGAGCUGAUUUAGCUUAAUAUUUUUUAUUUUUCCGGAAUUCAAUUAUCUUUCAGACCUUCGAGUCUAUCCCUAUAUGCAUGCAUUCAUUCAUUUAUGGUCAGCACUGUGAAUCACAAUAACAUCUUCCGAGCCUUCAAACGUCCCUGGUCUGAUGAAAUUUUGCAGGUGGGUAUGAUCCUUAGAGGCAUGGGUUUUGAUAACACCACGUCGGUUUAUGUGGCGUCUGGUAAGAUCUACAAGGAGGAGAAGUACAUGGCGCCGCUGCGGCAACUAUUCCCUCGACUCGAAACAAAGUACACGCUAGCAUCCAUGCAAGAACUUGCACCAUUUGAGGUAUCGCCUGCUUUCAGAGACCAUGCCGCAAUCCUCACGUCGACGCAGUUUUCGUCUAAGACAUGGGUUGACCGAUGAAUCUCUGAUGUAGGGCCACUCUUCCAGGAUGGCUGCGCUUGACUACGCUCUGUGCCUUCACAGUGAAGUAUUCCUCACAACCCAAGGCGGAAACUUUCCUCAUUUUAUGAUGGGCCACCGACGAUACCUCUAUGGUCAUGCGAAGACAAUCAAACCAGAUAAGAGGAAACUGGUGGUCACCCUUGACAACCCAAAGAUCAGGUAUUCUCCUCGUUAGACCUACUGAGCAUGCUUAUUUCCUUUAUAUAUGAAAAUAUCUGCCGCAUCCGCUGCAGUGGAACGACCUUGAAAAGAAAAAAAAACAAAAAAAACAAAAUUUAGGCAUCGAUUUGCAAAAUAGUGACGUAAAUUCUCAUACGAUGGCUGCAGAUGGGAGAAGUUCAAGCACGAAAUGCAGGAAAUGCUUCACCGCAGCGACGCUAAAGGCAUCGAGCUCAGGAGUCCCGACGCCUCAGUAUAUACCUUCCCCAUGCCGGACUGCAUGUGUCGGCAUGCCGAGAAUUAA